ACACACUCGGUCCAACACACCAGUCGUGAGCACUGAGACUUCCACGGAAACAAACGCUCUCCAAUGUCCAUCACACGAACUGCUACGAUGAAAAGGACAAACCCUCGCUCGGUCGUGCCACGUGUGGUGGAAACGGCUGUCUACAGAUUCUCCAGCAAGCAAAACUUAGCAAAAUGUUUUCUUCGAGAGUCUACAUGAAGGCUGAAGCAUACCUACGGUUCUACGAGUCUACGAGUUUAUGUACGACGAUGGUGCUUGGUUGGAUGAUGUCAGACUCGUGUUACCGAACGGGGUCGGAAUUGAGGCGUGACGAUUGGCUGGCUGGUAAUCUCAUUCUUGUGGGGGGUUGCUGGCGAGUUGCACUCCAAUGGGCAAUGAGAGCUGUGGAUUGAGUGUGGAUGCCUCUGUACUGUGCUGACAUUAAUAUGGAC